AAUUGUCAUUGUGCAUCAAUAGCACGAUGACAUUUAAAUAAUGUCCCUCCCAAUGAUACUGCUAAACCACACCCUUGGCUGACAGAAUCAUUUUCAUUUUCUCAUAAGCUCUGGGUAGUGAAGGCUGUGGAGAGUAUUGAGCGCAUAUCUCUUUGAGGAACAACAGAAAAGACUAAGAAGACGCAUAGAAAAAGCAGGAGAAACAAAACUCUGGGUAGUGAAGGCUGUGGAGAGUUUUGAGCACAUAUCUCUUUGAGGAACAACAGAAAAGACUAAGAAGAGGCAUAGAAAAAGCAGGAGAAACAAAAUGUUGCACUUGAGGAUGGUGCUGGUUGGCAAGAGUGGAGCAGGAAAGAGCGCGUCAGGAAAUACCAUCCUGGGGAAGAAAGCUUUUAAAGAGGAUGAUUCCGCUGACUGUGUUACCAUGGUUUCAUCAAAGCAGAGUGCAGAGCGUUUUGGAAGGCAGUUCUCUGUGAUUGACACACCUGGGCUUUUCAGCACAUCCAUGGAUGAAGAACAAGUGAAAAAAGAAAUAGACAAGUGCAUCAGUCUGUCUGUCCCAGGACCCCUCGUGUUUCUGCUGGUGGUCAGGUUGGGCAGAUUCAUGCAGGAAGAGAAAUCUGCUGUGCAGUGGAUCCAGAAGCACUUUGGGGAAGAAGCCUCACUGUACACAAUGCUGCUGUUCACAGGUGCCGAUCAGAUAAAGAAAUCGGUGGAUGUGUUUCUGGACCGUUCCAAGGAACUUCAGGACCUCAUUAAUUGCUGUGGUGGAAGAUAUCAUAUCUUCAAUAAUGAUGAUGAACAGAACAUCACUCAGGUUACCGAACUGAUGCAGAAAAUAGAGAAGAUGGUGCAGGAGAAUGGAGGAGAACACUACACCAAUGAGAUGUACAAGGAGGCUGAGAGAAAGAUCAGAGAGGAGGAGAAAAGGAGGAGAAGAGAAAAUAUGAAGAAAAGUUUGAAAGGAGCAGCAAUUUGGGCUCUGGCAGUCGCUGCAGCUGUAGCAGUAACAAGGAAUUAAUAUACUGUGAUUGCAGCCUCACUGAAAUGACUGUAUAGAAUUUGAUUCCACUUCUUAUAUUUUAAUCUUGGAUUUCCUUGGCCUAUGAACCUGUCUCUAUUAAAGCACUCAAUAGAUGUAUAUGCAUUAUAAUGUGUAUACUUAAGAAAAUCUCACCAGCCAUUUAAGUUUGUACAGUCAUGUGAAAUCAAAAAGGGAGAAAACAUUAAUCAAGUCUUAAACUUCUGAAAGACAAAAAAUGUUACGAAACAGGAAAUGGUAUGGUGUGAAAAUUGUAGUGUCGAGACUGGAGCUUUUUUGAAAAAUUAAUAAAAUAUAUUUAAAGUCA